AUGUUUCUGUCCCUCCUGAUGGGCCUGGUGUUUAUGUGCUUCCCGUGGGUGUCUGUGGGUGCUGGUAUCGGAUCUCAACCGGACUUGUCCCUCUCACUCCUCCAAGCACAUCAAGUCCCCCUCCGCCCGAUCCAGCUGCGGACACCACCGACCUUCAACGAGACACCCUCGAAGCCAUGGGAUCCGAUGCCACCAAACUGGUUCCUGGGGAACUGGUUCAUCACGUACUCCAACCAAGAGCUCUACCAAAUCUUCCGAAAUUUCAUCUGGACCUUGACACGGCCUUGCGCGAAUGACUCGUGCUACCCGCUCCAGGCCACGCACCUGGCCACCUUGACGACCUUCCAGCUCGUAAACGACACGCAGAGACCCAACGCCACGUACAUGGCAUACUCGCUCGACACGGCCGUCAGUGACGCCAUUGGCGGUGCCUACCACAGCGUGCCCACGGCUUCCCUCGCCGCGCAGAACAACACGUACGAAGUCAUCAGCUGGGGCUACGACUCUCAUGGCGACGGCUUCGUGGUCGUCUACGAGACACCCGCUGCGUCUCAGUCGGUGGCGUCGCUUGAUAUCUUCAGCCGAGCGCCCUCGGGCCCGACAAACAGCACCGUCGACGCCAUCAAGUUUGGCAUUCAGAAGCUAGGCAACCAGAGAUUGAUUGACUUGUUGAAGGACGUGGUCAGGACGCCGCAGGACGGAGAGAAAGAGAACCACGAAGCCAACAUUCUCUGGGCUUCCCACGAUUUCGAUCCACUUAUCGAAGAGCUGGAGCAACAAUCUUUUCCGCUGGCAAGCAGACCUCUAGGCCAGGUCCUGAGCACAGCUGCACGACAAACAAGCCACGCACUCUUGAAACCAUUGAAUGGAUGUGAUUACCAUCUCUACCUGCGCAGAGCUGGAAAGAAAUCCGAAGAGCUGGUCCAGGCACUGUUCGAACUUCUGGCCAAUCCCGAGGCAAACCACACGAUCCAGUUCAUCGUCCGCACGAACAUCCAGGUGCUCCGCAAACUGCAACAAGAAGUGUGUCAUGAUCGAUGGAAAGUCGUGAAGAAGGCAAUCGAUGUCAUCCACUUGGAUUCUGAUAGCGAAGGAGAAGACGGCAAACCUCACGUUGAAACACUUUUUCAAGAAACCCUUCAUACAUCGGAAGAGCAGAAGAACUGGUCUGCCAUUUUGGAUUUUGAGAUGAAGAUAUCAGAGAUUGCUCUGCAACGGCUACGCAUCGCAAACGAAGCCUCGGAGCUGGUUCGAAAAGAAAAGGCUUGGAGGGCCAGCGAGGAGGAGAGUGAGCGGUUGGAGGCUAUGUUCAUCGACUUCCAAAGCUGGCGAGCUAUCAUAAUUAGGUGGGUGUUGCAGGUGAACAGGAUGACUGGCAACCGCGAGUUUCUGCGGCGCCACCGGAACGAGCUUUGGGAUAUCGUCGUCCACAACUUGGAAGGCUGA